UAGGGUUAUUGUUUUCUUGCAUCCAUCACUAUAUAUUCGAUCCUAUAUAACAACACUUCUCUUCACAAACUUUACCACUCUGAUUGCGUUUCUCUCUUCUUUCUAACUCGAAUUAAGAGAGUAAACAUGGAUUCAUCCAAAAGUUCAGCUCUCCUCUUCAUUUGCAUGAUCUUUAUUUCCUCAGCCACCUCAAUUCUUGGAUGUAAUUCUUGUGGCACACCAAAGAACAAACACCCUAAGACUCCUAAAGGUUCCAUUACACUCCCUCCUAUUGUUAAGCCACCAGUCACUCUUCCUCCGAUUGUUAAGCCACCAGUGACACUCCCUCCUCUGCCAGUUCCUCCGAUUGUUAAGCCACCAGCUGUGACACUCCCUCCACUGCCAGUUCCUCCGAUUGUUAAGCCACCAGUGACACUCCCUCCUCUGCCAGUUCCUCCGAUUGUUAAGCCACCAGUGGCACUCCCUCCACUGCCACUUCCUCCGAUUGUUAAGCCACCAGUGACACUCCCUCCUCUGCCACUUCCUCCGAUUGUUAAGCCACCAGCUGUGACACUCCCUCCACUGCCAGCUCCUCCAGUGCUGCCAGUUCCUCCUGUGACACUCCCUCCUCUGCCAAUUCCUCCAGUGUUGCCAGUUCCUCCUGUGGCACUCCCUCCUCUGCCAAUUCCUCCAGUGCUGCCAGUUCCUCCUGUGACACUCCCUCCUCUGCCAAUUCCUCCAGUGCUGCCAGUUCCUCCAGUGAUUACAAAUCCACCAAAGGGAAAGCCAUGCCCACCGCCUCCUUCAUCCAAGGAUACAUGCCCUAUCGAUACACUAAAACUUGGUGCUUGUGUGGAUCUUCUUGGUGGGUUAGUGCACGUUGGCCUUGGUGAUCCAGUUGUGAACCAGUGCUGCCCAGUUCUUAAAGGACUUGUUGAACUUGAAGCUGCAGUCUGCUUGUGCACCACUCUCAAAAUCAAAGCUCUUAACCUCAACAUCUACGUCCCGCUUGCUCUUCAGCUCCUUGUUACUUGUGGGAAGACACCGCCUCCUGGUUACACUUGCUCUCUCUAGAUCCAAGCUAAACUAGCUAGCUGAUCAUCCAUGGAUGAAAGAUUCGACAUGAGAGGAUGUCGAGCCCUCUUCCUUUCUCUCUUGGUCAAUAUUGUACACCAUUUAAUUUUUCUUCUUCUUUAAGAUUAAUGCUUUAUGUAUGGCUUGUCUUUUAGACAAGAAACUAGCUAUCAACAAUGUUUCUCUCUCAAUUUAAGACCUUAUUGGGUUCUCAAUUUGUUA